AUGGCAGCAUUACCUAAGAGAAUUAUCAAGGAAACUGAGAGACUUGUAUCAGAUCCUGUUCCGGGCAUUACAGCUACACCUUCCGAGGAGAAUCUUCGUUAUUUUGAAGUUACAAUUGAGGGCCCAUCUUCUUCACCUUACGCUAAUGGAUUAUUCAAAUUGGAGCUCUACUUACCUGACGAUUAUCCCAUGUGUGCCCCUAAAGUCAGAUUCUUAACCAAAAUAUAUCACCCCAAUAUUGACAAAUUAGGUAGAAUCUGUCUUGAUGUAUUGAAGGAUAACUGGAGUCCAGCAUUACAAAUCAGAACAAUCCUUUUGUCUGUUCAAGCCUUAUUGGGAGCUCCAAACCCAGACGAUCCAUUGGCUAAUGACGUGGCAGAAGACUGGAAGAAAGAUGAAAAAGCUGCCAUUGAAAUGGCCAAAGAGUGGACUUCGAGGUAUGCUAUGCAAAACUAG